CAAAGAACAACAUCGGAAGUCAUUUGUUGAUAUCAGUCGAGUUUGUAUAUCACUGUGCUCUGUGCAGUCGCGACAGCACCGUAUAAAUAAGCGAACAAAUGGAGUCAAUAAAAAAUGUACUGGGCCUGGAGUGGAUCGACAGCUGGAGUGUUUUGAUAUUCCUGUGUGUUUUUCUGCUGUUGGCUGAUGUUUUGAAGAACAGAGCGCCAGCAAACUUUCCUCCUGGACCGUGGGCUCUUCCUUUGAUUGGCCACCUUCAUCGCAUCAAUCCUUCCAGACUUCACUUGCAAUUCACAGAGUUUGCAGAGAAAUAUGGAAACAUAUUCAACCUUCGCCUCUUUGGUGGAAGGAUUGUGAUCAUUAAUGGCUACAAACUGGUGAGAGAAGCCCUGGUCCUGAAAGGAGAGGACUUCACAGAUCGGCCUGUUAUACCACUGUUUGAUUAUUUAGUUGGGAAUAAAGGUCUUGUGCUAUCAAAUGGUAAUCCAUGGAAGCAGCAGAGGAGAUUUGCUCUUCAUACCCUCAGAAACUUUGGUUUGGGCAAGAAAAGCCUGGAGUCGUCUAUCCAGCAGGAGUGCCAAUAUCUCGCUGAGGCUUUUGCAGUUCAGAAAGGAAAGCCUUUUAAUGCUUCAUUACUGAUACACAAUGCUGUGUCCAACAUCAUUUGUUGCUUGGUGUUUGGGGAUCGAUUUGAGUACACUGACAAGCAGUUCCAGUCCAUUCUUCAGGACUUUAAUGAGAUUAUGUAUUUACAGGGAAGUUUAUCUAUACAGCUUUACAACACUCUUCCCUGGCUCAUGAAGUGGCUGCCUGGACCUCACAAGAAGAUACUCGCUCUGACACAGAACAUCAAUGUCUUUAUCGAAAUCAAGAUCAAAGAACACAGAGAAAACCUUAACCCAUCGUCACCAAGAGACUACAUUGAUGCCUUCCUCAUAGAAAUGGGAGAGAAAGAAGACAAAGAUUCUGGCUUUGAUUUAAAAAAUUUGUGUGUUUGCACCCUGGACCUGUUUGGUGCUGGAACUGAAACUACUACCACUACUUUAUACUGGGGACUGCUAUACAUGAUCUACUACCCUCACAUACAAGAGAGAGUCCAGGCUGAGAUAGAUACUGUGGUUGGUUCAUCCAGACAGCCCUCUCUGAGUGACAGAGAAAAAAUGCCUUAUACUGAUGCAGUCAUCCAUGAGAUCCAGAGAAUGGGGAACAUCCUCCCCCUCAAUGUGGUCCACAUGGUGAACAAGGACACCACAAUCAACGAAUACACAAUACCAAAGGGCACCAUGAUCCUGCCCACACUGCACUCAGUCCUACAUGAUGAGUUGAUGUGGGAAACCCCACACUCCUUCAACCCUCAACACUUUCUGGACGAGGAUGGUAAAUUUAGGAAGAGAGAGGCUUUCCUUCCCUUUUCAGCAGGUAAACGUGUGUGUCUUGGGGAGCAGCUGGCCAGGAUGGAGUUGUUCCUCUUCUUUACCUCCCUCCUUCAGAGGUUUUCCUUCUCUGCACCUGCUGGAGAGCAGCCCAGUCUGGAGUUCAAGUUGGGAGCCACUCGCACUCCCAAACCUUACCGCCUUUGUGCCGAGCCACGAUAAAACACCAACUGUUCCAAGCUGAGCCAUGUCUGUCUCUCAACACAAAGAAUCAUUGUGUUCAGUUGCAUUUAUGUUGAAAUAUAUCAAGAAUAUCUUCUGUAUUAUUCUUUCUUUUCUGACAAAACACUUUUAAAUUGCACAUCUUAUGAUGUUAUUGUUUAUGUAUUAUUAGUCCUGGUGCUCAUCAUGUUGACAAGGCUACUCUCUGUGCAACAGUUUGCCUAAUGUAUAUUAAAGACUUUCUCUACUCUU